AUGAACUCCUCACCGACGCCUCCGCUCCUGCAGGACUUUUACCGCGGUCGCUCCGUCUUCAUCACCGGCGGCACCGGCUUCGUGGGGAAGGUGCUCAUCGAGAAGCUGCUCUACAGUUUUCCGGAUAUUGGAACACUUUUCGUGCUGAUGCGCCCCAAGACGGGUCAGCUGAUUCGACAGCGCCGAGAGGAGCUCCUAUCUAGUACGGCUUUUGACCGCGUUCGUUCUGCUUGUCCUGCCCAAUUCGCCAAAGUAGUCCCCGUGGUGGGCGACAUUGCCCUGCCCGGGCUGGGCAUCAACCCGCUGGAUCUGCAGGCGGUGACGGCCAGCGCCAGCGUCAUCUUCCACUCCGCCGCCACCAUUCGCUUUGAUGAGCCGCUCAAGUACGCUCUGAAGCUGAACACCAUGGGCACCAAACGUGUCCUCGAACUGGCGAAGAAGCUCAAGAGUUUGGCGGCCUUUGUCCACGUCUCCACCGCCUACUGUACGGUGAAGAAGAUCAACAUCGAGGAGAAGGUGUACCGAGAGCCGAUCUCGCCGGAGAAGGUGCUCGAAAUGGCCGAUAUUUAUCGCUGCCAAAUGGCCGCCACAGGAGUUGGUGGUGGUGGCGGUUAG